UCCUCCAGCUGUCGGUAUCAUCUUUACCAUUCCGCCUCUUCUUGAUCAAAACAAGGAGAAAAUAUUAGUAACAACAGAGAUGUUCCCCCUCUUGGUAUCUGGCUUGGGCCUUAUAGUCUUUGCAGUUUCAGGUGUAUAUGCAGGUAGUCGAGCUUGGGAGUCUAAUAUCAGGUACUCGCGUGCUGUGCAGCAUGAAGCUACUCAGGCUCGUGACCUCUCAUUUCAAGCUUAUGGCAAUAAAACAGACGCUAUCAAGAGUCGUGGUAUUAGCGGGUAUGAACAAUUACCCAAUGCUGAAUACCAUUAUCAUAAUGGUAGCUCCCGGUCAAUUCACAGGCGUUGGUUUGGCAUUGCACAAGACAGCGGAUCGCGUUUUUGGCCUCAGGGUAAUAUCAAGGUGUGCUUCGAGCAGGCUGUUUGGGGAUCCGAUUCGAAAUCCACCGAAGAAAUUCUACGCGGCCCCCUAGAAGAAGCUCGCGGGCUCUGGAGAGAUAAAGGGCUUGACGACGACGAAGGCUGGUUCAAGUGGGACGUACAGGACGAUAAAAAGUGGUGUAGUGACCGUUACAACCGGCCUAACUUCUUGCUGGUCUUAUAUGCCGGGCCCGGAGUAACCAACAUGCUAACGACAGCCGGGAUGGGCCCUAAUCUAAGUCCAGACAAUCCAGACAACACAUAUGAGAAGCUUGGCCCGCGAAUGGUGCUCAGCGAUGUGCUAACCAUGGGUCACCGCAACGUUGUUGCCAAUUAUGCGCACGAGAUGGGUCACUCCUGGGGGCUCCACCACGAACACCAGAAUUCAGACUGGUGGGCUGAAGCCUGGAGUGGUGAGCCGCGCAGCAAUUACUUUUUCGGUGAUGGGAGCUUCUUUUGUGAGCGGUUGGCUGACUAUGCUGCUGCUGUUGCCCGUAUCGAUGAGAGUAACAUGAGCGAUUUCGACAAAGGCAAGGAAAAGGUCAAAUUAUGCCACAACCGCGAUAUCGCAGCUUAUUGGUCGUUUGCUGGUGGUAUCAAUUAUCUACCGGUGCUGUUGUUGUUGUUGUUGUUGUUGUAUAUUUAACGCCGGGGGCACGGAGUGCCAGGCCUCCCUUGGGGCAUGCGGCGUGUGGAGCUAGCUAGGUCUAUAUACACGGUAUGUCCCUGAUAUCCCACAUUUCAAACCCGAAGGCAUACUAUAUUCAAACCGUUUCCGUUCGCCCCGCCUUUUGGGCUCGUGCUCGGCAUUAUGAGUGUUCGUAGUUGAUCCCCUUACGGGGGAGCAAGCCAGGAUCCAAAUACAAUUACAAAUACGAAAGGAGAUAAGUUUUGCUGUAGGAAGCAGCAGUUCUAGUU